GUAGCUAUCAGUGUACUACAGCGGCCUACGCCGCCACAAAACAUGAACUGAUCACCAGCGUCUCAUCUGUGCUGGACCCAGAAUUGGAAGUCAUGUUUUCACAAUGCUGGAGACACACACGACCGAUACGAUCAACAUGCGUUGAUCACCCAGAGGAACUCUUGUAGAUUGCGCGAACAUUCACGACUGGAGUUUUUGCGCCGUUGGUGCAUCACGAGGAAGCUACUGAUCACCAACAAGAUCAAUUAUUGGUGCACAGAAGUAAUGCUACAGUGCUCCCCCAACUAUCUCGGUCUACCUGAGGACAGGAACAACAACAUAAUCGCUCACGGCACCAAAAACCCAGGAUCAGGAGAACGGUAUUUUUCUCUACUUGAGUUAUGUAGCAAUCGCCGGAAGUUCUUCAAAACGGCACAAGGGACUUAUGAUGUUGGUCCUGAUUGUAUGCUCGAGGGAGACCUUAUCGUAGGACUCAUGGGAGCGUCUUCGCUACACGCCCUACGCCCAACAGCGACCGGCUGUGUCUUCAACUUAUGGCACGUACUUCAAGGAUCUGCGCGAUGGUUGAAUGGAGGAGCAACAGCUCACUUUGAUCUGAGCGACCAGCUCGUAAUCCUGAGCGGAAAGUACUCCAUCAAACAAGAGCAAUAAGUGGGAAUAAAUCAUUUACAUCGUUUCGUUAC